AUGUGCCUCAAGAGCACAUCGCAGUUCCCUGCUCCGUUAUCGGCAUUUAGCUAUCUGCCAGACUUGUCGGGCAAGUCGCGAUCGGAUUUUACAAACCAGCCGUGGUCUGGCAUCUAUGAAGCUGGGUUACCAACGGCUGGCCCUCUGGGGUCUACUCCGGCGUUUGGGGCUCCUCGCAUAACACCCAAGGCAUUGAAACAAUAUCUAGAUCAGUUUGUGGUUGGACAAGAUCGAGCAAAGAAGAUUCUCAGUGUCGCUGUAUUCAACCAUUACCAGCGAGUGCAAGAGCUUCAACGAAGGGAGGAAGAGAACGCGGAGUUGCUAGCAAGGCGAGCCCGGAGAGAAGCAUUGGAGCAUCAUCCUGCAGAGGACGAGUUUCCGGGACAGCAACGCACCGUUCGUUUACCCACCAGUCCCAAGUCAACGACGUCCAAUCCCGAUGAAGCACUUCUUAGCGACUCGUCUCCACUUCAAUUGGAAAAAUCCAACAUCCUCUUACUAGGACCAUCGGGGGUGGGCAAGACACUGAUGGCCAAAACACUUGCAAAAGUUCUCUCGGUGCCAUUCAGCGUAUCUGACUGUACGCCGUUCACGCAGGCAGGAUAUAUCGGAGAGGAUGCAGAGGUAUCGGGGAUUAUCGUGCUGGAUGAAGUGGACAAAAUAGCGGCCGCCAAAGUCAGUCAUGGAAAAGAUGUCGGUGGCGAAGGAGUGCAGCAGGCACUGCUUAAAAUAAUCGAGGGCACAACAGUCCAAGUUCAAGCGAAGCAGGAGAGGAAUGCUCACCGAACAAGUGGUUCCCCGAGCUCAUAUCCAUCGAACAACCCUUUAGGGAACCCUCCGAAACGCCCCCAGAAAGGGGAAAUAUACAACGUGCGCACUGAUAACAUUCUGUUUAUAUUCUCAGGCGCAUUCGUGGGACUUCAUAAGGUCAUCAUGGACCGGAUAUCGCACGGGUCGAUGGGAUUCGGCCAACCUGUCCGCUCACAGUCGAGUCCAACUCAUCGACCCGGAGAUCCGCUCGCCACUACAUCCAACCAGCCUGUUCCCAUCCUACCAGGAUCCGAAGAAGAAGCCUUGUACAAGAAACACCUGCCAUUCUUCACAGCGGCUUCACCCACAUCACCAGACGGCGAACCACCCUAUUUCAACGCCCUGGACCUUCUCAACCCCACAGAUCUGCAAAACUACGGCUUCAUUCCAGAAUUAGUAGGCCGCAUCCCGGUCACCGCUGCACUCUCAGCACUGUCUCAACCCUUACUUGUCCGAAUUCUAACAGAACCCCGAAACUCACUGCUGGCGCAAUACACCACCCUCUUCUCCCUCUCGGGCAUCGAGCUCCGCUUCACAACCCCAGCCCUGCACAAGGUCGCUGCCAACGCCUUCACCAUGGGAACUGGGGCACGCGCCCUCCGCACGGAGAUGGAAAAUAUUCUAAGCGAUGCCAUGUUCGAGACUCCCGGGUCAAGCGUCAAGUUUGUGCUCAUUACAGAGGCCGUAGCAGAUCGUAAGGAGAAACCGAUAUACCUUUCCCGAGGCCAGGGCGGCCGUUUUCAUUCCUUGAUUGCAGCGGAGGAGAGCAAGUGGGAGGAGAAAAUGCGGAGGGAGAAGAGCGAGAAAGAGAAGAAAACAAAAGGUCAAGGGUCUGAGAAUCAACCUAGUAUCGCCAAUUUUCGAGAGUACCGGACUCGUGCAGCGGGAUUCUAG